GACAGGACCACUGCACUAGUUUACCUAAUGCAAGUUCUCAACUUGAAUUUCGGAACUUCCCAGCGUACAUGCCGUUUAAUGAUAUUCCCCAGGGGAAUUCCAUUCUUGGAUGGGAAGAAUUUGUUGAAGAUGUAAGUCAUUCAAAUGUCCGGCCACCAGUUGAAGAGCAUUAUGUAGAUGCGUCAUUUAGAUGUAAUCAAGUGCUACUUCAAUGGGAUGAGCCUCAUAUGGAGGUCAAGAAACGUUGGAACUUUCUUGAUCAGCUCAUGCCGCUGUAUAGCACACAAUCAGGGUUUUAUAAAGAAGAUUUCCCCAGUACGAGCCUCAUGGAUAAAACCCAUAAGUUACUGGCCAGUAUUUCAUCAGACGAUUCUGUUUGGAAGAUAAUUACCAGUGUUACGAGUCGAGCCACACAAACUCCUCAGAGGAGAGGUGUUCUCAUUCGGCCCAUUGAGCCAUAUGAUUCAGAUGAUGGGCCACCAAUUAAGAAGCAAAGGACCAAAUAUCAAUUGCGAUUUGUCAAUACGGUGUGCAAUGACUACUUCACACGGGAGAAUAUCAAAUCAGAGGAUGGAAAUCUCUUAAAGGUGGCUUUGUAUGAUGAGAACAAUCUGGUUGUCACAUCUGGUCCGCUGUCUGCAGCUUUUGUGGAGAUCGUACUACUUCAUGGUGAUUUCAAUGCUGAAGGUCAAGAUUAUUGGACAUCAGAGGAGUUUAGUGACUGCCUAGUGCAUCCACAAUCUGUAAAAGAACCACCAGCCUUGGGAGGUGAUCGUGUCUUGACACUGACUGAUGGAGAAGCAGACCUUGGUAAUGUCUAUUUCCGAACUUCCUCCUUCCAUGCUAGAACUGAAAAGUUCAAGAUGGGUGUUGAGAUUAAAAAUGUAAGAGAAGAGUGUGUUCAAGAAGGAAUCACUAGCCCUUUUUUUGUGAGAGUUCGCCAAGGGGAAGAAUCAAUUGGCCAAUGGAUCACAUCCCUCAAAGCAUCGCUCAGAGUGAGCAAACAAGUCCCCCCGCUGGAGUGCGAUGCUAGGAAAUACGUCGACGCAUUAGCAGUUAAAAUGAGCACGGAGGAAAAAUUCAAAACUGGAAAGCUUAAGGUAAAAAGGGAAAAAGAUAAGAACAAAUAUGAGGAAGAUCUCAGAAUACUCAUGGAAGACCACCAAGAGUUCACAUUAAAAACCGAAGAUAUGCGAAAGGAAGGGCGUGCUGAGUUAAAUCAUUACAUUCUAUCUCCACCUCAGAGAUCAAUGGUUAUCCAAUCAACAAGAUUUCGUCUAGUAAUUGAAAAUAGUGUGAGCAGAACAAUUUACAAAAAUAGUACUGUAAAGACCGAGGAUGGCGGAGAUCACAUAAAAGUUGUCAUGUACGAUGGUGGCAAGCCAAUUGCAUUUGACCACCCUCUUGCUUCAAUAACAGUUGACCUAGUUAUCAUUGAAGGAGGGUUCGAUGAAAAGCGAGAUUCGUGGUCUAAAGAGGAGUUUGAGGAAAGCAUAAUAGAACCAAGAAAAGGAAUCAAAAGGCUAGUGAAAAAUGGUACAUUUGAUUUGAUUGAUGGGAGGUGUGAUCAUCAUGGUGCCAUUAUUAUGGACAAUUCACUACGAAUGGAAGUUAAACUUGGAGUAAGGAUCGCAGUGCAUACAGACAUAAGAGUUAUUGAAGGGGUAUCAAAUCCUUUCAAAAUGAAGGAAGUCCGGACAAGAGUACAUGGAAAGAGUACUAUUCCAUACAAGGACGACGCGGUACAUCGACUGAAGAAAAUUGCCCUGAAGGGAAAACAUUGGAACAAUCUUGAGGAUCAAUAUAUUACCAAAGUGAAGCACUUGUUGCGCCAUUAUCACAAAGAUAAAUUUGGUCUCCAAAAGCUUGUUGACAUGAAGAAAGAGGAUUGGAAUACCAUGAUUAAUCAUGCCACCAUGUGUGUUCCUGGGGAUGAGAUCUAUUCCUACUGUGUUCAAGAGGAUAACUGUGAAAUCCUAUUCAAUGAUUUCUAUGAUCUUGUCGGUAAGAUCACUGAUGACUAUGUUCCGUACAGUGUCAAUGACGUCGAUCAGUUUCCGCAGCUUAAAGUGAACAACUGGAAAAAGUCUGCGUAUAAGAAGUUUGACGAGAGGGAGAACUCAGGGCUCUUUGGUCUUACUCCUGAUUACUUCAUGAACAAUGGCCGCCCAGUCCGUGCAGCGCCCCUGAACAAUGACGCAGGUCCUACUGUACAAGCAUCUACAUGGCAAUAUCCUAAUGACAGGGCUGCACAACACGGCCUUAAUAGAAGUGCAGUCUGCCAAUACACAGAUGCCUGGAGUCCGGCUUCUAAAAAUACCAAUCAAAAUAAUGUGAUUCCUCCAACGACGACAGCAGAUGGGAAUGGGAUGCUUGGGUCACUGACAAUGGGGACAAGCAGCACCAGCGACAUGAAGAAGAGCAUGAUGGAGGACGUUGCCAAUGGUCUCUUCAAUUGAAGGUCCUGAUGGGAAGAAGAUCAAUGGCUUCCUAUACUUUAUGCAUCAACCAUUUUCAGGGUGUGCGUGAAUGCGUCCGAUCAUACGGGGUCUCAUUUUUCUACAAAUUGAGAGAACUGGAGCUGA